GUGCUGAUCAUCGGUGGUGGCGACGGGGGAGUGCUGCGAGAGGUGGUGAAACACCCGACCGUGGAGUCCGUGGUGCAGUGCGAAAUCGAUGAGGAUGUGAUCCAGGUAUCUAAGAAAUACCUCCCAGGGAUGGCAGUGGGGUAUUCCAGCGCUAAGCUGACCUUGCAUGUGGGAGAUGGUUUUGAGUUCAUGAAACAAAAUCAAGAAGCCUUUGAUGUGAUUAUCACGGACUCAUCUGACCCCAUGGGUCCUGCAGAAAGCUUGUUCAAAGAAUCCUACUACCAGCUGAUGAAGACAGCCCUGCGAGAAGAUGGGAUUCUCUGCUGCCAAGGUGAGUGCCAGUGGCUGCACCUGGAUCUCAUUAAGGAGAUGCGUCAGUUCUGCAAGUCUCUGUUCCCUGUUGUGGAAUACGCCUAUUGCACCAUCCCCACAUAUCCCAGCGGGCAGAUUGGCUUCAUGCUCUGCAGCAAGAACCCGAACACAAAUUUCCGGGAGCCUGUGCAGCAGCUCUCACAGCAACAAGUAGAGGAGAGGAGUCUGAAAUACUACAACUCUGACAUUCAUCGGGCAGCUUUCAUUCUGCCAGAGUUUGCACGAAAGGCCCUGAGCGACGUGUGAGACUGAGAAGCUGCUUCCUUCCUUCAAGUUGGACCCUGAGAUCGUCAGUGAUGUGGUGGGGACCUUCCCAACAGACUGCAGAUUUGCUCUCCGCUGUGUGGGAUUGUUUAACCCUUUGCCAGCCAACAUUCCCUUUGAUGAUGUGUUAAAGAUGGUGGGGCAUAAGCCAGAUAAGACUAUUGAAAAGGUCCAGUGACUUAUUGCGUGAGGUCAAAACUGUUCUUUCCAGUGCUGGAAACGUAAGAUGUCUUUUUCCUUUCUCUCCUCCCUGUGCCCACCUCCACCCCCUACAACUGACAUGAUAUAUUUAUAACUGGCACGUAUUUCUGUCUGGUGAUCUUCUGAAACUUGGGAAGAGUCCAGAAGGGUCACUGACUCAGCCUUAAACACAGAGAGUGAGAGCUUUGUGCACAAACUUAGCUUGCUCUCUCCAAAUAGGAGCUCCCUGCUGCUGAGACGUUUUGACUGGUAACGGGUCUGAGCCUUCGUGUCCCACCGCCCUUCUGAGACACCUGCACUGUUCUGCAGCACAGUUGGAGAAGUCAUGGUGCAAACUGUUGCCAUUCACAAUAGGUCUCCCUC